GUCGACUCCAGAGUCCGCCAAAGUCCACUGGCACCACUGGCGCCUCCAGUCUCUCUCCAUAUAUGCUCAUAACGCGCUGAUCGCUGUCCCCUUCUUCCCCCACCCACCUCGCCGCCCAUCCAGAUGCCCACCGCACAGCUCGACGCGAAGACUGUGCUCGAUGUCGACCCGUGGCUCGAGCCCAAUGUUCCUGCGAUCAUCCACAGGCACGACCUCUUCCGCAAGUGGAAGGACACUAUCGAGCAGAGCGAGGGCGGAUAUGAUUCGUUCACGAAGGGCUACCUCAAGUAUGGUCUACUUGUGAACCCCGACGGGAGCGUCACGUACAGGGAGUGGGCACCGAAUGUGAAGGAGGCUGUCUUCAUCGGCGAUUUCAAUGACUGGAACAGAGACUCUCACCCGAUGACGAGGGACCAGUAUGGCGUUUGGGAGAUCACCAUUCCUGCAAAGGGGCCGGGGGUCUGCCCCAUUCCUCACGACUCCAAAGUCAAGCGCAUUGAACGCCUCCCAGCAUGGAUCAAGCGCGUCACGCAAGACUUGUCAGUCUCACCGGUGUAUGACGCACGGUUCUGGAAUCCAUCUGAGACAGACCGAUACAAAUUCAAGAACGUAAAACCCCCGAAACCUCGUAGCGUGCGGAUCUAUGAGGCGCAUGUCGGCAUUUCGACGACAGAGUAUCGCGUCGGGACAUAUAAAGAGAUCAGGGACCUCGGCUACAACACGAUUCAGCUCAUGGCCGUCCUGGAGCACGCGUAUUACGCCUCGUUUGGGUACCAGGUCACCAGCUUCUUCGCUGCUUCCUCGCGGUAUGGCACUCCAGAAGAGCUGAAGGAGCUAAUUGACACCGCGCAUGGCAUGGGCAUCACGGUACUCCUCGACAUGGUGCAUUCGCACGCGUGCAAGAACGUCCUGGAUGGACUAAACCAAUUUGACGGUAGUGAUCACCAGUACUUCCACGAGGGCGGUAAGGGCCGACACGAACUGUGGGAUAGUCGGCUGUUCAACUAUGGUCACCACGAGGUGCUCCGGUUCCUCAUGAGCAACCUCCGCUUCUGGAUAGAGGAGUACCAGUUCGAUGGGUUCAGGUUCGAUGGUGUCACUAGUAUGAUGUACGUCCACCAUGGUAUCGGGACCGGCUUCAGUGGUGGAUACCAUGAGUACUUUGGCGAAUUUGCCGACCUGGAGGCGAUCGUGUACUUGAUGCUGGCGAACGAUGCGAUGCACACGCUCUACCCGAACAGUAUCACUAUCGCCGAAGACGUCUCUGGUAUGCCGCUUCUCUGUGCCCCCGUCCCGAAAGGCGGCGUCGGAUUCGACUACCGGCUGUCGAUGGCGAUCCCGGACAUGUGGAUCAAGCUCCUCAAGCACAAGAGCGACGACGAGUGGGAGAUGGCCAACAUCGUGCACACGCUCACGAACCGCCGCUACCGCGAGAAUAGCAUCGCGUACGCGGAGAGCCACGACCAGGCGCUCGUGGGCGACAAGACGCUAGCGUUUUGGCUGAUGGACAAGGAGAUGUAUACGAAUAUGAGCGAUAUGUCGGAGUAUACACCGGUCAUUGCGAGGGGAAUCGCAUUGCACAAGAUGAUUAGGCUACUCGUUCACUCGCUCGGUGGCGAGGGAUACCUCAACUUCGAGGGCAAUGAGUUCGGUCACCCUGAGUGGCUGGACUUCCCGCGCGAGGGUAACGGCAACUCCUUCCACUACGCCCGCCGCCAAUGGAAUAUAGUCGACGACCCCCUCCUGCGCUACAAAUACCUCAACGAGUUCGACAAGGCGAUGAACCAACCGAGGAGCGGUACGGGUGGCUCGCUGCGGAACCCGCGUACGUCUCCCUCAAGCACGAGGUGGACAAGGUGGUCGUUUGAGCGCGCGGGGCUCCUGUUCGUGUUCAACUUCCACCCGACGAACAGCUUCACGGACUACCGCGUGCGUGUUCUGAGCAGCGAUGAGAAGCGGUUUGGAGGCUUUGCGAAUGUGCUACUUGGGGGAGAGUAUAUCACGACUCCGAUGGAGUGGAACGGACGCAAGAAUUGGCUGCAGGUAUAUAUCCCGUCGCGUACGUGCAUCGUGCUUGCGAAGUAGACUCACUGGAAGUAGGAAGGCAAAGGCUGAAACGUGGAUACUUGGAGUGCUAUGGCUGUGUGGAAUAUGGAAUCGUAAAUUUCUUGUAGCAUAUCAAACGAAUGUACACAACGAAGUGUAGCAGUGUUAGAAGAUCACCACCUGC